UCAAAUUAUCCCGUCCUCUAGUCGGGUUAGAUUUUCCGCUCUAUCGUUUAACGAUUCUCAUGAAUCCCAUCGAAUGAUCUUCAGAUUAGAUUAGAUUCCGAAAAUUUUACAGGAUUUGGGGGCGUUGUCGUUCGUUGCCGAAGAAAAUGCAUUCUCUGAAUAUGAAACUGAUUGCAGAUCUCAAUGGCGGGAAAUCAAGAUCCUGGCCUUGUAAAUUCAGCAGAGAAAGUGUGGAUCUUGGUGUAACGCGGCGGCAUCGAUUGAGAUACGGUUAUCAUAUGAGGAAUUGCAAGAUCGUCGUCACAUGUUCUUCAGAAAGAAGCGGCGGUUCUGGCGGUGUUGGCGGUGGUAACGGCGGCGUCGAUAGCGAAAGCACGAGUGAAAGCCGAAGUUCGUUUCUUGCCAGGAGUCAGAGUUAUGCUCUACUAAAGCAGCAAAUGGAGGUCGCGGCGAAAUCUGAGGAUUAUAAAGAGGCUGCUAGGAUAAGAGAUUCAUUGAAAGCAUUUGAGGAUGAAGAACCUGUUUUGCGUCUUCGAAAUUUGUUGAAUGAUGCCAUUGCUGAAGAAAGAUUUGCGGAUGCAGCUAGAUACCGCGAUGAAUUGAAAGACAUUUCUCCCCAUUUUCUCCUGAGAUGCUCAAGCGACGCCACAACCUUGGGAAUACGAGUCCAAGUAAGAAGUGUUUAUAUAGAAGGGAGGAGUCAACCUUCAAAAGGGCAGUAUUUCUAUGCAUAUAGAAUAAGGAUCACUAAUAACUCGGACCGCCCUGUUCAACUUCUCAGACGGCAUUGGAUCAUAACAGAUGCAAAUGGAAGAACCGAAAAUGUCUGGGGUGUUGGUGUUAUUGGGGAACAGCCGGUUAUACUUCCCAAUACCGGUUUUGAGUAUUCAUCAGCAUGCCCAUUAUGCACAUCAUCUGGCAGAAUGGAGGGUGAUUUUGAGAUGAAGCAUAUUGACAGGGUGGGAUCAAAGACAUUCAAUGUGGCUAUCGCUCCGUUUUCACUUUCCACAUUUGGCGAUGAUACCCAAACAUUUUAGACACGGCAUUGGAUAGUUCGGAUGAAAGUAAAAGGAAAAAACUUGUAGUAAAAAUCAGAUUGUAAUUAGAAAAGCAAAUAUGGCUUCUUUUUUGUGUGUAAAAAUGGUGUUUUCAGCUUGCUA